AUGGGAUUGUGUAAUUGACUUCAAGUCUGAACAAGUCACUUCCGCACAGUGCCAACACCCACAUCCUUUAAAGUACUGGCUGAGGGACAUCGCUCAGCAUACUGGAUGAAGUCAUUUUCCAGGUCUGCAGCACACCACACAGAACAGGCAAGACAGGAUUGAAGAUGGCUUUUAAUGGCUGUUGGGUGGAAUACAAAAAUGAGAACCUGAAAGAAUUUUUGGUGGCCUUAGGAAUCGAUGUCUCAAAACUUGGUGAUUUGGACAAUCUGAAACAGCAACUAACUGUGAAACAAGAAGGAGACAAAUUCACCAUAACAGAAAAGAGUGUUUUUCGGACAAAAGAGAUCAGCUGGACAAUGGGAGAAGAGUUUAUGGGGGAUCCUGCUGAUGGCUCUGUAAUGAAGGGAACCUACACAUUUGAAUCCCCCACACACUAUGUUGGCAAAUUCAAACGUGUUUCUGAUGGCAAGGAGCUUGUGAAUAGCAGACAAGUAGAUGGAGAUGAGAUGCUACAGACUACAAAGAUCGAUGAUGUAGAAUUGAAAAAAUAUUUUAAAAGAAAAGAGGUGUGAUGUGUCCUGACUAAUAUUUCCUACAUCAUGCUGGAAUGUUAAAUACCAACUGUGCUACAUUUCUAGGACUGGAAUCAUUCAUCACUUCAUCAUUACACUCCAGUCUGAAACUUCUUCAUGAGGCUAUUGUAAUAAUGAUUGCUGAAACAAUAAAACUUCUUGUAUAAGCAUUCAACUAA